CCGAUCAACACCGAAAGAACGCGCGGUCCAUGCGGUCUGGGCCAACCACUUCAAAGGCGCUCUGACCAGCACGUGGUGACGCACUGGCACUAAGAAGCACUGAAUGAUUCGCGAACUCGCACUGACAAGGUUCCCCAUAUCCUGUAAGCUGCGUGUAUCUUGCAGAAGACUGCGCAACAGCGGCGAUGAAAUGAUUGCUCGGAGGUCAUUUGCGGAGUAGCAAGAUAAUUCUAGAGGCGGGUGGCCUGUGGUAUCUGGUUUUGUCGUGCGUAGCAAUCCAUGCCAGGAUCACAAACUUCGCCACAUCAAUUUUCAAUAGGUGCAGCGGUAGGAGUGUGCAAGUUGCGAUUGCGUGCUGCCAAUUAUUGGCCACGCAAUAUGCGUCCCCCAUGCCUGCCUGGUUGGAUGGUCUGUAGGGUAUCUCAUCCUACAUCAGUCUGCGAGUCACGAGAACAAUUACGCGGUCAGUGCGUCUGUAUGCUGCCUUCACAGUAACUAUGCAACUGCCUUCACAGUAACUAUGCAAUUGUCAUGCAUACAUAGCGACUUCAUCUUAUUCAUGCCGAGGUGCUUUUGGACGAGCAGGACAGGUUGAAGUGAUAUUGUCAUCCCAUUGGUCAAAAAGAAGCACAUGCUAGUUUCGGACGAAAGCUGCAGUCAGUCGCAAAAAUAAUGGCGAGCGACAAGAAGACACCGCUGCCGUCAGGUUUGUCGCCUUCAGCAGGUCUCAACGAGCCGAUGGCACCGCCAAUCAACUCGUUCGCGAGUGCCAGCACGACCCACAAAGCGCUUACGCCCAACCGCCAGCUGGGUGAGCUGCUGCGCUCCAUCGAUCCCAAGUACUGCUUCCAUCCGGCCGUGGAGGAAUUGCUGUUGGACAUGGCAUCGGACUUCGUGCAGGAUGUGGUGGACUUCUCUGGAAAAUUGGCCAAGCACCGACGAUCUACGACUCUGGAGCCUCGUGAUCUACAGUUCUGUCUGGCCAAGAACUACGGCAUCUCUCUAGCAGGGGUGCUUCCCGCCACGGCAGCCUCAGGCUCGGGUUUGAGACCGCUGGGUCAGGAUCUGCUAGUACGUGCACGACCAGCGAAGAACUCGCUGCACAUGCACCGGAUGGCACUGAAGCGUAAGUCGCUGCUGCACACGAAGACCAAGCUCAAGAAUGCCCACGCAGUCAAAGCUACAGAAGGAGGCAAGAAGGUUGUGCGCAAGGCUAGUGUCAGCAAAUAAACGGCACAGACCUUUCUUAAUGCCAAGAUGUACGACAAGUGAUUUUUCUUCUUUUCUUUUCGGCAGCCUUGACAAUUGCGUUUUGUAUUGACUUCUUGCCACUCCGAUGAAAAACUUUUAAUGCAAUCCUUUCAACUUGCGUGUCUCCCUUAUCAACAUAGGUUUCGCAG